AUGACCUUCAAGUUGAGAACAACGAGACUGAAGCGUUCAACAUGGAGUGCAGGAACAAUUAGAAGAGGGAGAAGACGAAAGAAGUCGAGGGGUCAACUUGGUACGGCAGAUCGCUGGCACACUGAGAGGAAGGGCGAACACGAAAGACUGUUUAAGACUCUGGUAUUCACUGGGGUAACUACGAGAUACAGUCUGUUCUUUUAUACUGCAGUAAUGGGAGCAGGGAGCAGUGUUGAGAAUGGGCCGACGGAGGCCGAGCGCGCUUCGCAUACCCAAUUUCGUGGGGCUAUCUCCAAUGCAACACAUUGCAUCAGUUUAGAGUGUCUGAUGUUACGAAAGCAUCAAGAUGAUUCGAGUUUUGAAAUCAGGUCACACAGCAUACCCAUUGGUGUCAAAAACUGGUCUCUAACUGUUUUAUGCAGGAAUACUCAAGAAUUUGGAGCAAACUCAUCCUUUGUACAGUGGGCACGAUUGCAGUGCAGCAACAGGACCGAUUCAAUUUCGCUUAACGCCUGCGGUUCUGUUUCACUUUCGAAUUUCAACGCGAGUGGACUAGGCGAGAAACAUCAGAAACGAAAGAUCAAGGCGGCGGUGGGGACUCGCGCCACAAAUGUGGUGGGGGUUCGCGCAACGGGCGUGGCGGAAGCUCACACCACUAGCAAGACGGCCGAGACCCGCACCAGAACAAACAGACAGUGCAUCCUCACGUCAAUGGGCCUCACUAUCGAUCCCCAGACCAACAGAGAUAAGGCUCUUCAAGAAGGCUCACCUGUACACCAUCCGGUGCACCCGUGUCCUGCACAACCGCCCUGUCCGGUCCCAGGACGCGGCUUUACGUUUAUGGGACAUGCAAGAGGGAGUGUUUACGGAGUCCUCGGUUCCAGUCUAGCUGCUAGCCGUUUCUCUGUCUUCGACCCCUCUCUUUCAAGAAUAAAGUCGUCGAAGGAAGACCUGGUGGCAUUGAUCGGCAUGUGGCAGAUGGAUACUCUAUGCCCCUUGUACUCCCCUUCUCUACUUGGCUCUUUCACGUGUCGAUUGGCGUCAAACGAGCAGGCUUACUUUGGGGCGAAAUAUGAUAUAUACGAUGAGUUCAAGUUCCCAGCAAUCCACAUCGUCGUGUUACUGGUUGGUGAAAGUUUGAUAACAUUGGAUCAACUGAUCCUAACGUUGUCAACAAAUGCAGUGUGGUUUAUAGCGCUUGCAUUGCUUCUGGCGCCCUCCACCAAUCAUGGGAUGGGUAGCGGUGUGCCAAUGGGAGGUCCUUAUCGCAAAACGGCUGUUUGGGCGCUGACCGUGGCUGGUACUAAAUCUCAAACAUGUUCCGUCCUUCCUCCACCCUCUACGCUAUCCCGAAUGACAAUGUCUACCUCGGAUUUAUCUCAAUCGUACAGCUCUACGCAGACGGGCGACAGCCCUCAACCAACACCACUAGACGUGCAUGAUCCAUUGUGGGAAGAAUAUCUCGAAAAGGCGACUUUGUUCGAUGCACGAAUUAUCGAGGAUUGGAAUAAAAUUGUGGAUGUAACUCUCGUCUUUGUAGGGUUAAUUAUUUCUGUCCUGGCCUCCUUCGUCAUCGACACUUCUCAGCAAUUUAAACCAGAUCCAUCUGAUAUCACCAAUAAACUUCUCAUUGCGAUCUACGAUCAGCUGGUCGCCCAGGCCACUGGCACCAACAUUUCACUACCUCUCGACACCGUCGCUAUUUGGAAGGUAGAUCAGGCCGAUUACGAUCACGCCUUUCUCUGCAAUGCACUCCUAUACAGUAGUUUAGGGCUUUGCACUAUAGCGGCGGCGCUUGCUCUGGCGGCCAAGUUGUGGGUGGUCAGCUACGAUGGCAAACGCUUCGCUUCCUCUUGUAGAACGCCAUACGAGAGGGCAAAGAAGCGUCAGGAAGCUUACAGCGGUGUUUUGGUAUGGAAAAUGGAGACUGCGAUACAAUCGUUAUACCUCAUCCUGCUGAUUGCUCUUGUAGUGUUUGGGUUCUUUGUCCACAUAUCGGUUUGGUCAAUUCAAAAAACUAUUGGCUAUGGUGUCGGAACUCUCCUCACAGUCAGCGUUAGCGCAUUGGGCGUUAUGUCACUUGUUGCUGCUUUCAUUCCCACAUGUCCAUACGACUCAACCUUCUCGGUCAUCAUCAAGGGUAUCUUUGAUCAGAUUCACAAAUUGGCAAGCCUUGUGGUAUCGCGACUGGCCAGGUCCGAGUCAUCGCCUGCUGGGCUUAAACGAUGGGGCUGGAUGACCAUCAAUGGCAUCAUCUUCCGAGGCAUUUUAUUCUUUGGAUCAGGGUCAGCGAUCGCCUGGGCUACCAUAACGCAAUCAAGUGCCUAUUAUUUACUCAUUUUCAUCCCCAUCGCAAUUAGCUUCGAAUAUGCGAUGAAGCAGCCUAAGCCCGUCAACCACAAACCUCAAAAACAUCGGCUUCCCCGCUGGGUGUUAUCGGUCUUCAUAAUCAUGGCACCAACAUUUGCCAUAGCUGGUUACUUCCGCAAUCCACGGAGAUAUAUCAUAUUUGUCAUUCUGUAUGUUUCCGCUAGUCAAAUGUCGAAAUCAUUGGACAAAACUACCGAAAUUGACGCCAUCAUUUGGUUGUUGGAAACCUCUCCAAAUUCCGACUUGAUCAGGAAGGCAUGCCAAAUCCUCAGGGGUUACGGUGACUACAGACCCAAGAUGCUGGAAUCACUUAUGCCUUUGCUUUCUCUCCUUAUAGUCUCGGAUCGCUCAGACGUGGAACUGGAGGAUCUCGAGACAUAUGUAUCAUUUUUGGCAUAUUUGGCGGACUUCGAUAAAAAACCAGGAUCCUGGUUGCUGCUGCGGGAGGAUGCAAUGUCGCACCCGAGGCUUGAAGACCCGCUUCUACAGAAAUUGGUAGAAUUGAAGCAUCAUCCUCGUGUGGGAAUAGCCCAGGCUGCCGAGAAGGUUUUACGUUUAUUCGGAUAUCCGGAUGAAGGGGACACAUCCUCGAUAAUGACCUUCGUCGAACCAGCGCAGUCAUACGAAGAGAUGGGACUUCAUCCAAGACAGGCAAUGAUCCUUUGUCAGCCUCCACCCUUUGAACAGCCGCGAAUUGUGACUCUAGUGCAGGAACAAGAUUGA